UAGAGGAAAAGUGUUCUGUGGUUAGGUAGAACAACUUAGGUAUUAGUUACUGUUGUAAUUUUAAUUUACAGUUUUCUUUUAUUUUUACUUAAUGAUAUUAAUAAAAUUUCGUUUUGGCAAGCAUGUCGAAGAGAAAGGCAGCCGUGAAUGAUAUCAUUUAUGAAUUGGACAAUGAAGAUAUAUUAAGUAGCGGUGAUGAAUCAAAAGAACCUAAAGUAAAUCGCACUGAUAUAAAUGAAACAAAUGCGAUUAUUUCUGAAAUAGAAAAAGAAUCAGAAGCUAUUAAUUCAGUCGCACCAGCCACAGAAAGCUGCAUUGUCGUCCCAAACGAGAAUUGUAAUGGAGGGAAAACGAAUUCCCUAGCUGCUGUCAGUGCUAUAAACAAUGAAACUGCUGUGAGAUGUGAAAACACAACGGACAAUUUAAAUAAUAAGAAUGUAAUAUAUAAUGACGUUGAAAUUGAUUCACCUGCGACCAAUAGUGACUUAGGUGUUGUUGGUUGUGAAAACAGAACCCCACUAGUUUCAGUUAAAUUUAAAGAUAGAAAACUUGCAAGAUAUUUAAAAAAACAAGUCAAAGAGCUUCUGCUCAAACUUAUAAAGAAACAAGGAAAUGUGGAUUGUACAGAUAGGGAUACUGAUACAGAGUUGGAUAUAUGGCCCGAUGACUUGUGUCAAGAAGAACCAGUUAAAAUGAAUACUGGCGAUGGUUUAUUUUUUGUAGAUACAAAUCCCAAAUAUGUUAAAUAUGAAGUCCCUGUGUAUCAUCAGGCAUCAACACAUACAUUCAAUUUACCUAAAACAGAAGAUAGCUCUACUCAAUCUUUGACAAGGGGCACUGUAUGUUUUAAUUGUGAUGGCCAACAUUCUGUAAGAGACUGUAAGGCACCUAGAAACAAUGCUAGAAUUGCAGAGAAGAGGAAACUCACCGGUGUGAGGUUAGGUCGAUAUCAUGUAGAAAAUGAACAAAAGUAUGGGCAUCUAAUCCCUGGACGCAUAUCAGGCCAGCUUAGAAGUGCUCUUGGCUUAAAACAUAACGAGUUACCACUUCAUGUCUACAAGAUGAGGUUACUAGGGUACCCUCCUGGAUGGCUGGAGGAGGCUAGAAUAUCACAUUCAGGGAUAACAAUGUUUGACUCCACUGGAAAUGCAAUACUGGAUCCUGAAGAAGAAUCUGGUGAAGUAUGUGAGUCCGGCACCAAAGAUAAAUUUGACAUUAAAAAGAUCUUGGAUUUCCCAGGAUUUAAUGUUAAAGCAAGUUCUCGGUAUAAAGAAGAGUGUCAUCUAUACGGACUUCCACCUUUCUCGGACCAUGACAGCAAGAUGGAAAUGUUAGAAACACUAGCACCUAAUGCAACAAGGGCAUAUAAGCGGAAGAAAUUGAUUUUGUUCCCAUCAUCUGUUGACAGUCCCGUGGGAGAAGGCCUGGCAGAAAUGGAGCUUGAUAGUGAUAGUGAGGUAGAAGCGUUCCCAUCGGUUCCGCCGCUCCCGGACGACGAGCCUCCAGCACAGCCGCCACCGCCCUCGUCGCCUCCACCGUUGCCUACGUCACCUCCACCGCCGCCUAUGUCGCCUCCGCCGCCGCCCACUUCGCCUCCAAUGGUUCCGCGGACUCUAUUGACCAGUAUACAAGCACAAGAGCGCGAUGCUGACUCGUCUGACUUGGAGAUCAUAGAAGUGAUGCAAGUGCCUGACAUACCCAUACCGGCUGGUUUUAUCACCAUCGAUGAUGCUGAUGAUGAUAUAUCCCAAAGCAGCAUUUGUAGUAGUCCUACCAUUGAUGAUUUGGAAAAUAAAAAACUAAUUAUUCUGGAUGCCAUCAAAAGCGCUGAAGUAGCAACCGAUUCAGGAACUGAUUUAGAUAUUUCAAAAGAUGCUGAUUUAUCUGAGGAUAAAUCGCAACAUUCUCUUAUAACAAUCGAUGUAGACGAUAUAACAUCGCAAACCGAUGAGGAUGAUGGAUCUGUUAUGAUUAUUGAUGAAACAGAUGGUAUUAGUUGUAAUAAUACUGAUAAAAAUGACGCCGAACUUAGUUUCGAUAUAAAUAAAAGAGAAUCCAUGACUGAUAAAAGUGAAGUUGAAGGGCCUAAUAAUCAUUGUAAUCAGUUGCUUUUAACUCCUGUACAAAAAACAAAAGAUUCUUCAACAGAUUUAAGGACACCAGAACAGAAAACUGGUGAUGUUAAGAAAACUGUUUACGGAACACCAGUUUUGAAUGUAGCAUCUCCAUAUCUUAAACUGCCAAGUGGCGAUAAAUUUGCUAAAGACAUAUGCGACGUCAUUUACUUCGAAAACCUUCCAAAUUCCGUAGGUAAGUACAAGAAAAUAACAGGUCUUUUGAAGAAAGUUAAGAGUGAAGUCGAGAAAAUACAGGAUUCAUGAUUGGAGCUAACCACCUCUCUACUGGAAUUGUAAGAGGUGGUAUACUCUUUAUAUAAAAUAUGCUCUGUUGUAAAAUAUACUAUUUUUGUAAGAAUGCAAUAAUGUGCACAUAAGCACUGCCAUAUUUUUAAAGAAAAAAGAUUAUCAAUAGAUACUAAGAUAAGUACAUAAAUUUAGGCUUACGCUAUUGAUCAUUUUUAAACCUUAGAACAUGGUUCUUUUUCUUUUAGUACACGAAACAUUUUAUAAAAUCAGAAAAGUUUUUUCUUUUAUGUAUUUAAUGGCACGGGAUGCGAGUGUAUCGACCAACCAUAAGUGUUACUGACACUGAUCAUAUUUAUAAGGUUUCUUAAAAUAUUUCGCAGCCCAUCAGUAUCUUUCAAAGUUCCAAAACCUUUUAAAUCGUGUUUUUAAUUUUUAUUGUUUUGAUGAAAAUGACAAGUUUUGUAAAAUAUAAAAUUUAACUAGUUUAAGCAAACCAAAUUUACCAAAAAGGUAAUUUAUUUUAGCAUAUAUUAUUCUUACAGAAUUAAGUUUUUUUAAAUUGACUGCAAUAAAUAGAUCAUAUUGUU